CCCCCGAAAUCUCAAUGAUCCCUAAAUCCUAUGUAACACUGUACUUGAUGAUGUAAGCAACUCGUAUUUCUCCCACAUCUUUGCUUUUCCCCCUUCGUUGACAUUACCCCUUUUCACUCCAAAAGCUCACCUGUCUUUUGUUUUUGGCAGAUGCAAAGCCUACGAAGUUGCUCAACUGACAUACCACCACCCCUUUCUUCAUCUUCCAUACCCAUGAUGACCACCACCACCGCCCUCACCGGCACCGCCCUUUCCUUCGACGAAGAGGAGUCGACGGAGGCUCGAAUCAGGCGGUUGAUAUCAGAGCACCCGGUCAUCAUCUUCAGCCGAUCCUCUUGUUGCAUGUGUCAUGUCAUGAAAAAGCUCUUGGUCACCAUCGGAGUUCACCCUACCGUCAUCCAACUCGAUGACCAUGAAAUCGCUUCCCUCCCUCCUCCUCCUCCGCCAGCGACGGGUCACGGUGGUAUCUCGUCACGGAAUCCAGUACCCGCCGUGUUCAUUGGUGGAUCCUGCGUCGGCGGCCUCGAAUCACUCGUGGCCCUUCACCUUAGUGGCCACCUCAUCCCAAAGCUCGUCGAAGUUGGCGCUCUCUGGGGAUGAUACAUAGGGUUAUUAAAUUACUAAAUAUUAGCAUUAAAAAUACAUAAUCAAGUUGCCAUUUUUAAUCUGGGUUUUCUCUUGUCCUCAAAAUUAUUAUUGUAAGUUCCAAAACAGAAAUCAUUUCUGCUUCUUUUUUUCCUUGUAUUUUUGUUAUGAUUUGUUUCAGCAUUCAUGCAGAUCUUAGAUGAUGUUUCUAUGGA